GCGUCUCCCAGCUACCUUUGCAUACCUGUCAUGAUAAAACCUUAAGGCCAUAAAAAAUCUCCAAUAGGUACCGCACUGGUUUCAACUAAAGGGACAUAUUGUAUUGACAAAAUGGAAUCGCCCGUGAAGAAAGGUUUCCUUAGACUGGAGAUACAGAAAACAACAUGGGAGGUUCCGGAGCAAUAUACCGCACUGAAAGCCGUUGGCUCGGGCGCUUACGGGACAGUAUGUUCUGCUAUUGACCAGCAGACCAAGGAGAAGGUGGCCAUUAAGAAGCUCUAUCGUCCAUUUCAAUCCCUGAUCCACGCUAAACGGGCCUACCGUGAACUACGACUGUUGCGCCACAUCCAGCAUGACAAUGUCAUCUGCCUCCUCAAUGUCUUCACACCUGAUUUCUCCCUGGAGAAAUUCCAGACAUUUUACAUGGUAAUGCCCUUCGUGGCUGAGGAUCUCGGUCACAUCAUGAAGACGAGGAGAUUGACUGAUCGCAUCAUCGUUUACCUCUUCUAUCAGCUUCUACGUGGCCUUAAGUAUAUCCAUUCAGCAGGGAUCAUCCAUCGGGACCUAAAACCUGGCAACCUCGCAGUGAACGAGAACUGUGAAUUGAAGAUCCUGGACUUUGGUCUAGCGAGACAUGCAGAGAGUGAGAUGACGGGCUAUGUGGUGACACGCUGGUACAGGUCACCAGAGAUCAUCUUCAACUGGAUGCACUAUAGCCAGUCAGUGGACUUGUGGUCAGCUGGCUGCAUCUUGGCUGAGAUGAUCACAGGCCAGGUUCUGUUCCCAGGCAACGACAGCAUUGACCAGUUGAUGAAGAUCCUCCACGUAACAGGAACACCACCGUCCUCCUUGCUGCAGAAGAUGCAGAGCAAAGAUGCUCGUUCAUAUGUGCAGGGUCUCCCUAUCCAAAAGAAGAAAAACUUUAAGGAAGUAUUUCCCUCCUUGGAUGUACAUGCGGUGGAUCUGCUGGACAGCAUGCUGCUGCUGGACCCAGACACUAGGAUGACAGCUAAAGAGGGCCUCUCACACCCCUACCUCUCUGAGUUCCAUGAUCCAGAAUCUGAACCCGACUCCCCACCGUACGACGACUCCUUUGAAAGCAUGGAGCUUGACGUGGGAGAGUGGAGUAGUCUGAUCCACAUGGAGAUUAUGACUUUUGACCCCAGCAACCCCAGUGCCACUGCAAUGUAGCGGACAGACACUACAGAGCACUGGCUCCCCCAGCUUAUAAAAAGUAUCACAUUUCACAACAUGGUUUUAUGACUUCAUCAAACAUUAUACAUGAUACUGGUAUGUCUACAUUUUCAUGGAUCCCUCAUGUUUUAAGGAUAGGUCAUGGUUUUAACUUGUUUUAAGGUAAACAUUUUCAGAAUGCUUUGUAAAUGCCUAUGAAUGAUGUACAAACUUUUAAUAUAGUAGUAGUAUUAUCAUUGUAAAUAUAGUAAUGUGGUACUCGAUCACACCAUUUGCACACGUUUAUACAAUUGGCUACAAUCUAUGUAUGAACAAUGUUUUAAUCUUGACUGAGUAAAACCUCAAAUCAAUCUCAUCUAUGAACACAUUCUCAUCUCUGACUCAAUUAGCAUUUACCGAAAUAAAGCAUGUUUUGGUAUCUUAACUGAAAAAUGAUGUUUAAUGCCAGAAAACAAAAUCUCAAUGAAUAUAUGCACAUAGUAUACAGUAGACGGCACCUGUUCAGUAUAAUAUAUAAAGUUCUUAUGUUGCUCUUUUUAUAGUGAAUGGGUUAGAUAGGACAAGGUACCAUUUUAGUUCUGUUACAGCAGUGGUGUUAAGUAAAUAAGUAAAAAAUACUUUAAAGCACUACUUAAGUAGUUUUUUGGGGUAACUGUACUUCACUUUACUAUUUAUA